AUUGCGCGCAUGCGCCCUGGCGACGUUUGUGUCAAACAUGGCUGUGCUUUUGAAGAAAGAAAAAUGCUGAAUUGUGGUGGAAGAUUUCGAAAAAAGAGGCAAGCAUGGCAAGGUUGGCUGAUUACUUCAUUGUCGUAGGAUACGACCAGGAAAAAACGGGUUCAGGAGAGGGAAGUGGCAGAAUCAUCCAGCGCUUCCCCAAAAAGGACUGGGAUGGCACAGCGUUCCCUCAGGGUGUGGAGAUGUUCUGUCAGCCAGGAGGAUGGAGGCUGUCUCGUGAGAGGAAACCUCCGACCUUCUUCACAGUGGUGCUGACGGACAUCGACUCGGACAGACACUACUGCUCUUGCCUGACCUUCUAUGAGGCCGAAGUCAACUUGCAGGGCACAAAGACACUGGAAGGUGAUGGAGAUGAAGAUGAAGAGGAAGAUGGUCUGAUCCAGCCAGCGCAAGUGUUUGCGCCCAAAAGUCUAAUCUUGGUCUCCAGGCUGGAUUACCCAGAAAUAUUUAGGGGCUGUUUGGGGCUGAUCUACACGGUUUACAUCGACACUCUAAACUUCCCUCUGGAGGGUUUGGUGGCCAACCUUCUCACAUGCACGGUGCCUGUGGCAGGAGGCUCCCAGAAACUCUUUUCUCUGGGAGCUGGAGACCGACAGCUGAUCCAGACUCCUAUAAACGACAGCCUGCCUGUUACCAAUAAAAGCGUGUCUCUCCUCUUCCAGCAGCUAGGGAUCCAGAAUGUUCUGAGUCUUUUUUGUGCAGUUCUGACAGAACACAAGGUUUUGUUCCAUUCCACGAGCUACCAGAGACUUGGAGAGGCCUGCCGAGCCUUAGAUGCCAUGAUGUUUCCUCUCAAAUACAGCUAUCCUUACAUUCCAAUCCUCCCGUCUCGGCUGCUCGAGGUGCUGAGCUCACCCACUCCCUUCAUCAUCGGCGUGCACUCCAUGUUCCAGAGCGAGAUUCAUGAACUGCUUGAUGUGAUCAUUGCGGACCUAGAUGGAGGAACGAUAAAAAUUCCAGAGUGUAUCCACCUGUCUCAGCUACCUGAGCCUCUGUUACACAACACUCAGACCACUCUGUCUAUGGUUCUGCAUCCAGAUCUUGAGAUAGCAGAUAAUGCCUUCCCUCCCCCGCGCUCCGCUCCGUCCAACCUCAAGCUGCUGGAUAAGGAGGUGAGGGCCGUCUUCCUGCGCUUGUUUGCACAACUGUUCCAGGGCUACAGGUCCUGUCUGCAGCUCAUUCGAAUCCAUCCCGAACCCGUGAUUCACUUUCACAAGGCUGCCUUCCUGGGUCAGCGUGGCCUGAUCGAAAAUGACUUUCUGCCCAAGGUGCUGGAUGGCAUGGCCUUCGCCGGCUUUGUGUCAGAGAGAGGGCCUCCUUACAGAGCUUGUGAUCUUUUCGAUGAGCUGGUGGCCUUCGAUGUGGAGCGCUUUAAGGAGGAAGAAGAGAACCCAAACAAGUUGCAGAAGCACAUGAGGGAACUCUCUGAGCAGCUUUAUCGAAACGAAAACCCUAAUCCCCACAUGGCCUUCCAAAAAGUGCCUCGGCCCAGCGAGGGCUCUCACCUGCGAGUGCAUGUGGUGCCCUUCCCCCUGCUGGAAGAGGACAAGGUGGAAGAUCUCAUGCAAGAGGGCCUGGCCAAGCAGAACCACACUAACAUCAGUGCCCGGCCUGAAAGGAAGUGUGUGGUGCCCGCCGGUCCUCCUGUGGUGUCCAUCACAGGGAAGGCUAGCUCAGUGUUCAACAGUGCCCGGCGCCUGGAGGUGGUGCGGAGCUGUAUUGGCUUCAUCUUCGAAAACAAGACGCUGGAGACCGAGAAGGCUCUCCCUGCGGCCCUGCGCGCACUGAAAGGCAGGGCGGCGCGACAGUGUCUGACCGAAGAGCUCAGCCUACACGUACAGCAGAACCGUGCCAUCCUGGACCACCAGCAGUUCGACCACAUAGUGCGCAUGAUGAACUGUGCUCUUCAGGACUGCUCGAACUCUGAAGAGUACACAGUGGCUGCAGCCCUGCUGCCCCUGACGACAGCCUUUUAUCGGAAACUGGCUCCUGGGGUAAACCAGUUUGCCUACACCUGCGUGCAGGAACAUCCUAUCUGGACCAAUCAGCAGUUCUGGGAGGCCACCUUCUACUCAGAGGUGCAGAACCAGAUCCGAGCCCUGUACCUCAACACCCCUGAGGACAACCAGCUCAUCACUGCCAAACUCAAGGAGCCGGGUCCUUUGCCGCCAGCGUCCCCCAGUGAGUCAGAGCGGACGGCCAUGGACUUGGCCGCUGAGCAGCUGCGGGCCUGGCCCAGCCUGAGCAAGGAGAAGCAGCAGGAGCUGGUGAAGAGUGAGGAGAGCACAGUGUUCAGCCAGGCCAUCCACUACGCCAGCCUCAUGGUCUAUCUGCUUGUUCCUCUGGAUGCCAGCAAGAACAAGCUUCUCCGUGCUGCGCCCACAGCAGACUGGGAGAGCGGCAGCAACAGCAUCGUCACAAACAGUAUUGCAGGCAGCGUAGCAGAAAGCUUCGACACCGAGAGCGGAUUUGAAGACUCUGAAAACAGUGACGUUGCCAACUCUGUGGUGAGGUUCAUCGCUCGGUUCAUUGACAAGGUUUGCACUGAGAGCGGAGUCACCCAGGAUCACAUUAAGAACCUGCACAGCAUGAUUCCAGGUAUUGUGGCCAUACAAAUGGAAACACUGGAGGCUGUCCAUAGGGAAAGUAGAAGACUUCCGCCCAUCCAGAAACCAAAGAUCCUCCGGCCAGCCAUGCUCCCUGGAGAGGAGCUUGUGACGGAGGGCCUGCGGGUGGUCCUGGACCCCGAUGGCCGGGAGGAGGCCACGGGAGGCCUGCUGGGAGGACCACACAUUCUCCCAGCGGAAGGAGCGCUCUUCCUCACCACCUACCGCAUCAUCUUCAAAGGCACACCCCAUGAUCCUUUAGUUGGCGAGCAGCCAGUGAUCAGAAGCUUCCCAGUGUCCACGCUAACUAAAGACAAAAAGAUCACCAUUCAGAACCAACUUCAUCAGAACAUGCAGGAGGGGCUGCAGCUUAGGUCCGCCUCCUUCCAGCUGAUUAAGGUGGCGUUUGAUGAGGAGGUGACCUCUGAGAUGGUGGAGAUCUUCAGGAAGCACCUACAAAGGAUCCGUUAUCCGCAGUCUGUCUUCAGUACCUUCGCCUUUGCUGCAGGACAGACAGUUCCUCAGCUCUUACUGCCCAAACAGAAGGAGAGGAACACAGGCCUCCGCACAUUGUCCAAGACUAUAGUAAAAGGAGCUAAGAGAGCAGGCAAAAUCACCAUGGGCCGUCAGUCCACGCUGCAGAAGAAAAAUGAGAAAGGCAGCCGCAUGACCUGGCAUGAGGAUGACGACAUCUCAGUGUCAGAUGAAGGUGAGCCCCCCGCUAGUAGCACUCUGAAGGCCACGGAGAAGUCCACCAUGGAGCAGCUGGUGGAGCGUGCCUGUUUCCGGGACUACCAGAGGCUUGGUCUGGGCACCAUAACUGCCAGCUCCUCGCGUUCCAAAAGUGGAGAGCAGUUCCGUGUGACUGCAGUCAACAGACUCUACUCACUUUGUCGAAGUUACCCUGGACUACUGGUGGUGCCCCAGUCAGUGCAGGACAGCAGUCUGCAGAAGGUUGCGCGGUGCUACAGACACAACCGUUUGCCAGUAGUUUGCUGGAAGCAUCCUCGCACCAAAGCUGUGCUGCUCCGCUCAGGGGGCUUUCAUGGCAAAAGCGUGGUGGGACUGUUCAAGUCGCAAAACCCAGCUACAACAGCUCCUGCUGCUUCAUCAGAGUUGUCCAGUAGUCUGGAGCAGGAGAAAUACCUGCAGGCCAUCCUCAGCUCUAUCCCAGCUUACUUCAAAUCCAACGGCAGCAACACACUGUCCAACCGCUCGCUCAUCGGCCUUUCCCCAGCGAGCGAAAGAAGGUCAUCAAGAAUACCAAAGAUGGCCCCUGUCUACUUGGAUAUUUCCUUCUCCAACAGCUUCACCAGAGGAGGUGUCUGGGCCAGCCUGCGCUCCAGCAGCAGGUUUAUCCAGCACCCCUCUGCAGCUGAGGUGGGGGCACGGCUGGCAGGCAAGGAUCUGGCACCCCCUAUAGGCAGUGAAAGUCUGCAAGCACUUCUCAAGCAGCAAGCAGCCCUCUACAUCUUUGGAGAGAAGUCUCACCUCAGGGGCUUCAAGCUGGACUCCAUGCUGAACUGUGAGCUGGUGCCCGUGGAAUUUGCAGACACUCGGCAGGCAAAGGCCUCCUUCAAGAAACUCCUUCGAGCGUGCUCCCCCAGUGCCAUGCCGACAGACGCUGAAGACUCCUUCCUCAGGGUGCUGGAGGAGAGCGAGUGGAUCCUGCAGCUACACAAGCUGCUCCAGCUGGCUCUGAUCCUAGUGGAGUUGUUGGACAGUGGGUCUUCAGUGUUGCUGAGUCUGGAGGAUGGCUGGGACAUAACUACACAGGUGGUGUCUUUAGUGCAGCUGCUGAGUGACCCAUUCUACCGGACGUUGGAGGGCUUCCAGGUCCUGGUGGAGAAGGAAUGGCUGUCCUUUGGCCACAAGUUCAGCCAACGCGGUAACCUAACCCCCAGCAGCCAGGGCAGCGGCUUCACGCCCGUCUUUUUGCAAUUCCUCGAUUGCGUGCACCAGGUUCAUAACCAGUACCCCCUGGAGUUUGAGUUUAAUCAGCACUAUCUGAAGUUCCUGGCGUACCACUACGUCUCCAAUCGCUUCAAGAACUUCCUCUUGGACUCGGACUACGAGCGCCUGGAGCAUGGCACAUUGUUUGAGGAUAAAGGAGACAAGCAGGCUAAGAGAGGGAUCUGUAUCUGGGAGUGUAUCAACAGAAUGCACCGCAGGAGUCCAAUCUUCUUCAACUACCUGUACAGUCCAUCUGAUGCAGAGCCAGUGUUGAAACCAUCCAUCUCCAUCCCCAACCUGACAAAAUGGGAGUUCUACACAGCUGAGACUCUGUCCACUGGACCCUCAUAUGACUGGAGCAUGCUGGCAGUGCCCUCAGAGAGCGCAGAAGAGCCAGACACAAUCGCCACCAGCAAGAGGAGAAUUGUCUGGCCCUGCUACAGUAGUGUUGCCCGUGCUGAGCCAGAUGCCAUCACCAAACUUUUGGCGGACAUCGAGAGAUUGGAAGGGGAGCUGGGUCAGGCACCUGAGCGAUGGCACACUACUCUGGAGAAAGUGCGAGCUAGUGUGCAGGAAGACCUCAAACAGGAAGGCAAUCAGUCGGUGUCCAUCUCAGGCCUGAUCCCAACCUCCGGCCUGCAGGCCUAUCAGCGCCACUCCAUGCUCCACCUGCCUGACAGCGGCCUGGGCGAGGACAGCAGCCCGACGGCUGCCAACGGGGUCAGCCGCAGAGCUGCCACUCUUUACAAUCAGUUCACCCCCAAAAAUGAGGAGAAUAGGUCGUUCGAAGGUGUCCUGUACAAGAGAGGCGCGUUACUGAAGGCCUGGAAGCGUAGAUGGUUUGUUCUGGACAUAACAAAGCAUCAAUUGAGAUACUACGACACGGAUGAAGACGUCAGCUCCAGGGGCCACAUAGACCUGGCCGAAGUUGAAUCGGUUGUGAUUGCCACACCAACCAUCGGAGCCCCCAAAAACAUCAGUGAGAAGGCUUUCUUUGAUCUGAAGACCACCAAGAGGGUGUACAACUUUUGUGCAGAGAAUGCUCAGAGCGCCCAGCAAUGGAUGGACAAGAUCCAGAGCUGCAUCUCAGACGCGUGAAGCUCACUCCCCUGAGAGGACUCUGUGACGGCCCGAGGACGGGGUCCUCACCUCUAUACCAUCUCCUUCCAUGCAGGGAGACUCACUGUGCUUUAGUAGGACCAUAGCAAAGCCCCCAGUGCCUGUUGAAGAGGAGUGUGAUGAGUCUCUCUCUUGCUUUUCCACUAUGAGUGCGCUCAGGCAGCAGAAUCACUGCCUCUAUGGAACUGUGCUUAUUCACAUUUAGAUGGAUCUGUUUUACCCAUCUGGCAGUUUCCACUCAACUACUCCUGACCUUUGCAUCAGGAGAGCUGAUCAGAUUUUUACAUUCAGUGGAGACAAAGCAAUAGCACUAGCUGUAAAAAAAAAAAAAAAAAAACUCUGGGUUCAAAAUAAAAUUAAGUACAAGUAGACUCAACGUAAGAAUAUAUUUCUGAUAAGAAACAAGGUAUUGCUGCUUAUAAGAUGCAAAAGAACCGCCAAAAAACUGUUGAAUAUUUUUAAAACAUGCACAAUAUAACGAGGCAGUUUAUUUGCACUUAAUUCUACGAUAUGCACUCCAUAAAUAUAUAGAUUUUCUAACAGAUAAAAACAGCAAAGGCAAAAGGCAUUACUUUAUGUACAAAAAACAUGUCUAUACAAGCAUAUACUCUAGAAAAAAGUACUUUGCACACUAAAGCAUAAAUAUUUCCUGACAUUUUCUAUUUAAGUCAUUGAUGUCAUUGUUUUUUAAUACAUGAAUGUCUGCUCAUUGAUAACAGGUUGUUUUUUUUUGUGAUGUAAAUUAUUUUUUUAUCAUUAAAAAAGUAACUGGUGUUUGUUUAUGGAUGGUAAUUUUAUGUUCUCUGUAAAUAGCUGUGACAUUUCAAGCUCUGUUUUAUACUUUGGUGAAUAUGCUGUGGGGUUUGAUUUUUCUAACCUUUUAACUGAACUGAAAGCAACAUACAGUUUUACAUAUGAUACUGUCACGCAUACUGACCAAGUAAAGCGCUUCCUCUGUAUGACUUGGCCAUGAACCUUUGUGUUCAGCAUGAAGGGAAGUACACUACGUUUUGACUGUUAUCGCCAAGGAUCUCGGGAUGUGUUGAAGGGCUCUCGUCUGGAUCUGUGGGACACUACAUGCUUUAGUUUUCAAUACUGUUUAGCCCUCUAUACGUGUGUGUGUGUACGUGUACAGUUUGAAGAAACAAAGCUGAAGAAAACUCAACCCGACUAGAGAGAUGUCUGUUACUGUACCUGAAAAAGAUGUUACUGUACCCUUGUACCAUGUUCGUGGUGCCACUAAUGUUUUUUAUUUGAAAUAAAUCAGAGUACUUGAACAUG